GAUGAUUUUUUAAAAAAACUAAAGGGUGAACCCGAAUGUGAUGGUCCCAAAAAAGACAAAAACACUUAUGAUAAACCUGAAGAAUUUGUAAAUUCAAUGGGAGGAUAUAAAUAUUGUAAGGAUACGUCACAAACUAAAAUUAAGAAAGAUGAGGAAAAUGAUGAGGCACACGUGUUUAAAGAUAAACCUCAUAAAUAUAAGACAGGGUGUGAUUGGACUGAUAAGACGACACCACCACCACCUGCUGCACCACCAACAACACCUGUAGCACCAAAAAUACCACAGGGAGAUGAUGCUUGCGAAAUAGUUAAAAAAAUACUUGAGAAUAAAAAUCCAACAGAUAAUGUAGAUAAUUGUAAUCAAAAAAUUAAUUCAAAAAACCCUCAACCAUAUCCCGAGUGGGAUUGCGCAAACAAAAAAAACCUCAUACGUAGUGAAGAUAGUGGCGCCUGUAUGCCGCCGCGAAGACAAAAACUAUGUCUAUACUAUCUAGCAAACACUAUUAAUGGUAGUAGUGACCAAAAACAAUUGAGGGAAGCCGUUAUUAAAUCUGCAGCAGCAGAAACUUUUCUUCAUUGGAAUUAUUAUAUAAAAUACGGUAAUGGAAAAGAUAAAAAGUUAGAUGAUCAAUUAAAAGAAGGAAACAUUCCUCUCGAUUUUAUGCGUUCUAUGUUCUAUACAUAUGGAGAUUAUAGAAAUUUAUGCGUGGGAAAAAAUAUAGGUAGUUCUGAUGAUACUAAUAAAAUAGGACCGAUUGUUACGAGUAUUUUAAAAAAUGGAACAAAUGGAGGUAAAGAACCUACU